CAUCAAAGUUUGACAUUGAAAGUUUGAAGUUUUGUAAUUUCAUUGUAAAGUGGAAAAUAUUUUUAUUUAAUUUCUACAAAUCAAAAUAUAUGAUAUUUGCAAUUAUAUGUAGGCAAGUUAAUUUUGUUAUUUGUAACCAUCGUCCAUCAACACAAUCAUUUGAAAUGGAAAACAACACUGACCAUACAGAUCAAAACAAUUUUAGUCCGCUCACGGUUCAAGAAGUAGACAUAGAUUUUUUACCGAUUGUAUACGAAAUCAUACGGAGUGUUGAACGUGACUUUCACGACAACUCGGCCAAAGCGAGGGAAUCUCAAGAUUGCAGUUUGAAAGUAUUAGAAUUGCAGAAGAAAUUUGAUAUAGCCCGUUCUCAGGUCAAGCGUCUGCCAGGCAUAGAAUAUAAUAAACAAGAUCAACUAAAACAGUUUGAAAUAUUAAGAACACAGUUGCAAUUGAAAAGAGAACUUUUGCAAAAGUACCGAAACAUGUGCUCAUUUGAAACAUCAUUCAAGUGAUUCAAAAUGCCUCUACGAGCAUUAUUUAAGUAUUUAGCGAAUAAUGAACAUCUAGUGCAGAAGAUUGCAGAGUCUUACCCUGUAAGACGAGCAGCACAACUAGCCGUGUCUGUAUUCUUUAGAGGGAAGGAAAAACUCUC